UUUGCGCCAUUUUGGCCUUAUGCCUUUACGGUCUGCGCCUUUUUGGUGUCCCAUUUUGCGGAUUUACAAAAAACGUUUUUAUGGGUUGUUUUUGAUGGAAAUUAUGUUGAGCAAACAGUGUCAAUUAUAAAUGGCUAAUAAACUGUCGUUUAACCAAUUAAAAGCCUAAUAUUUAGCUUAUUACUUUUUAAUUAUAAGCCCUCAUAUUUUCUUUAUAAUUAACGCUAUAAUUUAGACAUAUCUUUUAAGGAAAUAAUUUUUAAUGGGAGAUUCAUCAACUUUAUCAGCUUCAAAGGAAAAGGAAAAAUCCAAACAACCUCAACCUUCUACACAAAUUCGUUCUUUAGAAGGCGGCUUUCCUACUCUUUUAGUUUUUGUGAUACUUGGAUUGGCUUGGCUAGUUGGUUUUGCUUCUAGACUUUUUGCUAUUGUUCGGUUUGAAUCGAUAAUUCAUGAAUUUGAUCCUUGGUUUAAUUAUCGUUCAACUCAAUAUAUGGUGGAGAACGGAUUUUAUAAUUUUUUGAAUUGGUUUGAUGAAAGAGCUUGGUAUCCACUUGGACGUAUCGUUGGUGGUACUAUUUAUCCUGGAUUGAUGUUAACAAGUGGUUAUAUUCACUAUUUACUUUCUUGUUUGAAUAUACCUGUCCAUAUACGAGAUAUUUGUGUUUUCCUUGCCCCAACAUUUAGCGGUCUUACUGCAAUUGCUACUUAUCUUUUAACGAAAGAACUUUGUCGGUCUGUUGCUGGUUCUUAUGACAAUGAAGGAAUUGCCAUUUUUGCUCUUCAAUUCACUUAUUUCCUUUGGGUUCGUUCUGUCAAGACUGGAUCUGUUUUUUGGGCGGUUCUCACUGCUUUGUCUUAUUUUUACAUGGUUUCAGCAUGGGGCGGUUAUGUUUUUAUUAUUAAUUUAAUUCCUCUUCAUGUUCUUGUUCUGGUUAUUAGUGGAAAUUACACAAACAAGAUUUACGUUGCUUACACAACUUUCUAUAUUCUUGGCCAACUUAUGGCAAUGCAAGUCCCUUUUGUCGGCUUCCAACCAUUGGUUGGUGCUUUGAAAUUUGUCCAAGGACGUUUAACUCAAAAACAAUUUUUUGCUUUAUUUGCCGGUGUCAUUCUUUUUACUUUUUCUAUUGGAAUUUUGAUUUUAAUGCUUUUAACAUAUGCUGGUUAUGUUGCUCCUUGGACGGGUCGUUUUUAUUCACUUUGGGACACUGGUUAUGCCAAAAUACAUAUUCCUAUAAUUGCUAGUGUUAGCGAACAUCAACCUACAACUUGGGUCUCUUUCUUUUUUGAUUUGCAUAUUACCGCAGCUGUCUUUCCCGCUGGACUUUGGUUUUGUGUUAAAAAUGUUAAUAGUGAACGUCUUUUUGUUAUUCUUUAUGCUGUUACUGCCGUUUAUUUUGCUGGUGUAAUGGUCAGGUUAAUGCUUACUCUAACUCCGGUUGUUUGUGUCCUUUCUGGCAUAGCUUUCUCUUGUAUUUUUGAAAAAUAUAUGCUUGAAGAUGUUGAACAGAAGAAAGCUGGGGAAGGAAAGGAUUUGAAAGAUGGGAUGGGAGAUAGACGACUUUAUGAUAAAGCAACAGCUAAAAUUGGAAAGCAACAAAAAGCUGCUCAAACAGCUGCAGCUUCAUUUAGUCCAGCAAUUGGUGCUUCUGAUGUUACUGAUCAUAUUGGAAUGAAUACGAGAUCUAUCGUUCUCGUAGCUAUGUUAUUCAUUUUGCUAAUGUAUGUUGCACAUUGCACUUAUGUAACUAGCAAUGCAUAUUCACAUCCAAGCGUUGUUCUUCAAUCUCAUACAAGCGAUGGUGGACGUAUAAUUAUGGACGACUUUCGAGAAGCUUAUUAUUGGCUUAGAAAGAACACUCCAGAUGAUGCUAGAAUAAUGUCAUGGUGGGAUUAUGGUUAUCAGAUUGCUGGAAUGGCAAAUCGAACAACUCUUGUUGAUAAUAAUACUUGGAAUAAUUCACAUAUUGCUUUGGUUGGAAUGGCAAUGUCAAGCAAUGAAUCUUUUGCUUAUGAAAUUAUGAGGGAUUUGGAUGUUAAUUAUGUUUUAGUAAUCUUUGGUGGGGUGAUUGGUUACAGUGGUGAUGAUAUAAACAAAUUUUUGUGGAUGGUUCGAAUUGCUGAAGGUGAACACCCAAAAAUUAUACGUGAAGGUGACUAUUUUACCGAAUCAGGAGAGUACAGUGUUGGAGCACAAGCAUCUAGAACUAUGCUGGAUUCGAUUAUGUAUAAAAUGUCUUAUUAUCGAUUUGGCGAAUUAAGGAUUGGCUACAAUCAACCUCCAGGUUUUGACCGGACAAGAGGUUAUCCAAUUGGAAGAAAAGAUUUUUCAUUGGAAAAAUUGGAAGAGGCCUACACUACAGAGAAUUGGCUAGUUCGUAUAUAUAAAGUUGUUGAUCCACCAAAUCGUCCAUCAAUAAAAUAUAAAGAUAGACAAAUUAAAGGAAAGAAAUUUGUUAGUAAAAAGACAAAAUCCAACAAAAAGGGAACUAUUCGACCAUUAACUGCAAUAAACACAAAAACUGAACAAUCUAACAACAAUAAACAAAAAGUUGUUGAGAAGAAGAAAUGAGAAAAUUUUAUUUUCUUUUAUCAAAAAUGGAAGUUGUGAUGCUAUUUUAAUAAGACAAAAAAAAAAUUUUAAAGAGGUAAAAUAUAUUCUAGUUUUUUUAAUUCCGGACUUUCACGGAACGGUUAAAUUACUUAUAAAUUCUCUCCUCCAUUUUUUUUUUGAAAUUCUUUCAAUGUUUUUAAUAUAUAAGACUGGAUAUUUAAAAAAUUGUUGU